AUGACCGACCUUCUCCGCCCCGGUCUGCAACCGGUCUCCCACCUCAAAGCUGGACCAACAACCUCCAGCUCCAGAUCCACCGCCUUGCCUUCUCCGAUUCAGCCGUCUGUGACACGUCCAUCUUCUCGGUUGAGGACCCAAAGAGCUUCUCAUCGAGAUGAAGCAAUAGAUGCUGGAAGCGAAAAAGCCACCCUUGCUCUCAUUCGACGCGUGCUCUGCCCUCAGGCAAGCAACCAUGGCGCCUCCUCUCCACAGCCUCCAGAAGAGCUGUUACCUCCCCUCACGAGCUCCAAUGACGUUGAUCGUCAACUCUAUGCGAUUUUGGCCAUUAUAAUGAAAGAGUUUGUCUAUUCGUGGUACUCGAAGAUCACCCCGGAUCAGACAUUCGUAAAUGAGGUCCUACACGUCAUUGCACACUGCACCCGAGCUUUGGAACAGAGAAUCCGGAAAAUCAAUGCUGGACAGUUGAUCCUGGAUGAGAUUCCAGCAUUGGUGGAAGCACAUAUAACCUCCUACAGAUUAGCCAAGCAACGAUCUCAUCUAUCUGGAUUGACAACGUCACAUAGAGCGCUCUACCAUGAGAUGAAUCCCCAUCCUGGCUUAUCCCCAGUCCCUGAUUUUGCAGAUCCUGAUACAAUUAACGCGCAGUCUGAGAAUGAGGCAGUAUACCGACAACUACUCGUCCAAGGCACUUUGGCAAUUUUGCUACCUACGGAUGACCUGGAAAAUGGUAGCCUUCGCACAUUAGUCGGAGACAUUCUGGCAGACUUGAUCCUGGGCAAAGCAGUUGGGGAUAGAAUCUGUGAAGGAGUGUUCCUCUAUGAAGUCACCAUUAAGCUCACGGAGAUAAUGAGACAACGUAAAAGCUCUGAGAAUACGGGCUCCACGAGCGCUGCCCCUACGAAUCGACUAGAGAAAUAUGGUCUACUAUCAACCAACGACGAGCCUGUCAGUCCGCAACCAAUCAGCCAAUCGCAGGUUACAGUCUGGAUAUGGAACGUUCUCCAAAUUAUCUAUGUUUGUUACGUUGCCUUGCGUUUCAUUGCGACGGGCCUAUUCCGCGUCGCAUCGAAUCCAGGGCCAGGAUCCUCGCACGGAGCCGGUGUUUCAUUUCCCGUUGCAACGCCAGAGCUUCCCAAGGAGGGCAUCAAGUCCUUCUUGUCAGACGAUAUCACCAAUAAGCGCCCUGUUCUCGACUAUCGAGUGGUCUCGAUGGCUUCGCAGUUAUUUGGGAUGUCCCGAAGAAUGCCGUGGCUUUCUGGGCUUCUUGCUCUUAUCCAGCACCUGAUCCUGGCCGGGCCAGGUCGGAUUGGUGACACGGACGGAGUCCUUGACAGAUUCCUCCGGGAAACCAUUGAGGAGUACGUCCUGCCCCCCACUUUGUUGCCCAACCUUCUUCUCGCAACAAGGACCACUCUUUUCCCGGCCAAUGCCCGCCCAGUAGCUGUAGCGGCCACUACGAGUAGCAUUGGUGCCCCGGCUACAACUCCGCAGGUGUCCGUGCCCGCUCUAACGCUUAGUGCGAAAGGCCUCACCACGGCACCAGCUCCCCAAAUACCCCAUACGGAAAAAGUCAAGGUUAUUCCUGGUAGCGAGGCAAUAGGUAAAAGUAGUGUCGGCAGUAGCAGCAAUCAUGCUACUAGCGGGAGCAACGGUGGCAGUCAGAGUAGUGGUGGCGUCAAUGAUCAGCUGCCCGCAGCACCAGCGGUACUACCAGGACCUACUCCAUCUCCAUUGACGGCAGAGGCGAUCCAGGACUCAACAAACUCACCAACGGGAUCGGAGAAAAAAUCAUCGCUCCCUGAUUCCGAGAUCGCCACUACCAAGCGGCGAUGUGCAGCUAGUCUCCUGGCUCUGAUUCCGCCCAGUGUCGCACGAACCUUCUUCGGCGUUCCGGCCUCAUCCAAACGUGAUGGUACCUGCAGCACCACCACUGGGAGUUUGUCCUCCCUCACCACCUCCCCGUCUUCUCCGUCUCCACCCGUGUCAAGCGAUGAGUCUGGUGGGGGCCAGUCGUCCCAGGGGACGAAGCGGACGUCACCAUGCUCAUUCCCACACGACCCCUCGGCGUCUACCCUGCCAGGGCCCAAAAAUGGCGAUUUCAUUGCCGCUGAGACAUCGCGCACAGACAUGGAUGACGAGACCGAGGUUGGUCCGGACAAAUUGUUCCUCUUGCAGUCGAUCGAGACCGAUCUAUUAGAUCCCUUCUCGGAUGAGUACUGUAACAAACAUCUUGUCUACUCCAUUAUCGAGACUGUUUUCGCUAGAAUCCUCCCUGAACUGGCUGAGCACAGUGUCGCAGAUCUCAUGGAGGAUCGGGGCAUUGUCCCCGUGCCCGCUGGCUUCUAA